AUGAGGUUUUGGAUUUAUCAAAACUCCUCUCUGGUGUGUGACAGUGGAAUUGGACUGUGGUUGAACACUCAUCUCCAUGGCAGCACCCUGUCCUCCACAUUCUAUCUCACAGGUAUUCCUGGCUAUGAAGAAUUUCACCACUGGGUUUCCAUCCCCUUCUGUCUCCUCUACCUUGUUGGAAUAACAGGCAACUGUACCAUCCGGCAUGUCAUCUGGACAGACUUCAGGUUGCAUGAGCCCAUGUACUAUUUCCUGGCCAUGCUUUCUCUCACUGACAUGGGCAUGUCCCUGCCCCCGAUGAUAACACUUUUCAGGGUGCUCUGGUCCAUUUCUAGGGAGAUUCAGUUCAAUAUCUGUGUGGUCCAAAUAUUUCUGAUUCAUACUUUCUCCUUCACUGAGUCAUCUGUGCUCUUGGCCAUGGCCCUGGACCGAUAUGUAGCUAUCUGCCACCCACUGCGCUAUGCUACCAUUCUCACCCCAAAACUAAUCAUCAAGGUUGGGAUUGCAGCCCUGCUCAAGAGCGCUAUUUCACUAAUUCCAGUUAUGGUAAGUUUAGCUUUCUUUACCUUCUGCCAUUCCCAUGUCCUUUCUCAUUCCUAUUGUUUGCACCAGGACAUAAUUCACCUUGCCUGUGCUGACACGAAAUUUAACGUUAUAUAUGGUUUGUUUUUGAUUAUUCUGCUUUGGGGCCGGGAUCCUCUGGGCAUUUUAGUAUCUUAUGCUUUCAUCCUUCAUUCUGUGUUAAGAAUUUCAUCCCAUGAGGGGAGACUGAAGGCACUCAACACUUGGCCCUCCCACAUCUGUGCCGUGCUCAUUCUGUAUGUGCCUAUGAUAGGGUUAUCAAUCGUGCAUCGUUUUGCCAAGCAUUCCUCUCCCCUUGUCCACAUUUUCAUGGCUCAUAUCUACUUAAUGGUGCCACCAGUGCUCAACCCAAUCAUCUCUAGUGUGAAAACUAAGCAGAUCCGCCAAGCAGUCCUCCAGCUAUUCCUUCGCCCCACAAUUAGUUCUGUUGGAAUAUAA